UACUUAUCUUAGCGUCCUUAUGAAUAAAACAAAUAAUUACAUACAUUUCAAAUAUAAUACGCUAUUACGAAACCAAAAAUUAUCAGUGCAAAUACAUUUCGUUUCCAGUUUCUGUGAAAAAGCAGUGAGCGGUUGAAAAUUUCAAGAAUACAUUAUUGCAGCGGCGUUCCACGAAAAUGGGCAAAAAAGUUAGGGAAUACAAGUCGGGUGACUUUAUAUUUGCAAAAGUAAAAGGAUAUCCCGCUUGGCCAGCCAGGGUACAAAAACAUAAUGGCAAGAGAUAUUUUGUAUAUUUCUAUGGGACGGGAGAAACAGCAAACCUACCGCCAAACAUGAUAUUUGAUUACGCUGAGAACAAAGACAAGUUUCUAACGAAGACUGUUAAGCGACGGGACUUCAACGAUGGUGUGAAACAAAUUGAACAUGAUUUCGCUAACAAUGUACCACUGGAGCAAGUUAUUGGUAUACCUGCUGAGGACCAGCCCGCUGAUACUACAGCUAACGACACAGUCAAUGAGUCGACCAACGAUACAAUGGAUGAGACGGCGGACACCACGGCCGCCGAUGAAACUAUGGCAGAUGACACUACCCUCAAUGCCACUCAAAAUGACACUGCGGUCGAAGAUUCCGAUGAAGCUGGCAACCUGGUAAUUGAUGAGGGAAAGCAAAAACCAAGAAAAAGCAAAGACGUGAAAGCCAAAGAAACGCCAGCUAAGCCUGGUAAGGAACCUAAGACUCCAAGAGGUAAAGCCAAGAAGGAAGAGGCUGCUAAAGAUGAGGAUGAAGAAAAGAAAGAAGAAGAAAUAGUCAGCAGGAGUGGCAGGAAGAUACGACCAAAGAGGUAUAUAGAUGAACAGACGGAGGACAACGCGACAUUACCAUCGCCGGCGCCCAAGAAGCGGCGGGGCGGGUCACCGACUCCAGACAAAGAGAAAGAAAAGGCCGAUCCCAAGGAUAAGCCCGCAGACAAGAACAUUAAACAGUUUAAUGCUGUUACACAGUCCGAACUUGAAGAUUUGAAGGAGCCCUUCAAAUCAGAAGACACGGAGAAAGAAAACAUCUUAAUAGCGUACCUACCGACAGGACAGUACAUAGGCAUCAAACUGUUCCAAUCUAGACCGAACUCCUUCAAGAGCGAGGCUUCGAGACUACAGUGGGACAAGCAGGCCGCUUCCAAUGCUAUCACACUUAAGAUGCAGUUAGAAAAAGGUCAAAUAACAGUCACAUCGAUACUGUCACAGUUGGUCACAGAUCUCAACUUGACUGAUGAGGAGAAAGCAACGCUUGAUAAGGAGAGGGAAACAGAAGAAAAGAAAUCCCACGUUCAAUUUCUGAAGACUGAAAUGAAGUUAAUAGAACUAGACGCUAAGAUCAAGACCUGCUUGUGUCUCGAGAAGGCCGACACUGAAAUGUGUUUGAAGUUGUUGGAUGAGUUGAUGGAGCUGCAGGUGCGGCCGCUGAUGCUGCUGAAGCACCCGACGUGCCUGGAGACCAUCAAGCGCAUGCGCGCCUACGUGGGCAACACGCCGUCCUGGGAGCUCAGCGAGAGCGCCGCGCUCGUGUUCAGCCGCCAGGCGCACCGCAUCCGCAAGCAGGCCGACGCGCUCUACAAGAACAUGAAGGAGCUAUUCACAACCCCAGACGGCCUCUCCUUCUGGGAGUACUUUACGGAGCGAGUGUUGCAGUUCAAGAAGGUCACAUCCAAGCUCAGCGCCAACGAACUGCUGGAGAUGAUACAUGAACCUAUUGAAAUGUCAGUACCAACAUCUCACACGAUGAAAUCAGCAGUGGAAGCGGCAAGCGCGGACGGUAAAGAGGAUCAGCCAGAGGAAGAAGACACAGCACAGAAAAAGAAGAAUACCACUCCAGCCAAAUCAAAGAAAGAAAAAGUAGCGAACAACACACCGUCAAAACAGCCUGUCAAGCGGCAAUCUUCAAGAAAACUUCAACAAGAAGAGAAAGACAAGGAAAAAGAAGAAUCACCAAAACCGACAGAAGAAACAACACCAGAAACAAAUGAACCAGAACAAACCCCUGAAACCGUUACAGAAAACGUAGAAAACGAACAAACAACGCCAGAAGUCACAGAGGAACCUAAAGAAGACUCACCGGUAGAGGAAAACAAGGAAAGUAAGGAGAGUAAAGAGGAGAACGGCCAGACUGAGAGUGUUCAAGAAGAGAGUGAGAAAGAAGAGAAAAAGGAAGAAGUAGCUGAGCCGAGGGCGAAGCGAUCGAGAGAGAGUAAGAAGACUGAACCGCCUCCAAGGUCUCCGGCAAAGAGGAAGUCAAAAUGUUAGGCCAUCCAAUAGAACCUAUUGGAUUUCAACUUUAUAAGCAAAGCCGGUGUCAUCGUACGAUGUGGGUACACUUUUAUACUUAUUUUGUUAUUCAAAAUGUAAUAUUUUUAGAUAGUAAUGAUAUUAGAUACGGUUUUUGGUAUGGGUCUUAUAACUGUAAAGUGAUCGAACUGACAGUAUGUAGUGCUGUAUGUAACAUUGUGGAUGGUGUAUUGACACGAUGCGACGUCAUACGUAUAGCAAAAUGGCGCCUUAAGCUGUCAAUACGGUCAUGUCUUGGUCAUUGUCAAACAGAAUGUAAAUACAAGUAGACUUCGUAAAAAACUUGGCUAAGUCUAGGGAUGUGAUAGUUAUUAAUUAAAAAAAAACUAAAUUUCGAGAUCUAUUUUGGAUGUUUCAUUUUUUUUCUAAAAACAUUGAUAUAUUUGCUUAGUUUGUAUAAUGAUCUGCUUUUUAACUUUUGUAUAUUUUCGACGAUAACUUUCAAGAGUAAUAAUAUAUUUUUAAAGAAAAAAUAUCUAAGCUUUCACAAUAUAAAUUGUAUGGAAAUGUCAAGAUACUGUGAUUUAAAUUCUUAUAAAAUUGUUUUUAAAAUUUUUUAGCUGUAAGUAUUGAAAUGUAUAAAAAAACUAUUCAUUUUAUAUAACAAAUAAUAUUUAAGUGUACCCAUAGAACAAGAAAAACGGUAUAAACCGUUAUUUAUAUUGUAAAGAAAUUUCAAAGCAACAAGCUAUGGACUAUAUACUAAUGUAUAACUGCAUGACUUGAGAAUAUUUGAAAAACUAUACAUCCUACAUGUACAAGAAAGUACUAGGGUUUGAAAUAAAUGUUAUUCUCAAAGGCGAGCGUUAUUUAAGACAAGACAGUUUUUUACUAAUUUAUCAGCUUUUACUAAAUACAUUUAGUGAAGAUACUUGAUAAUGCGUCUUUAUCAAAAAGGUCUGAUGCAAAAAAAACUUGGUGAUAAGUCAAGUAAGACAGAGAAAGUUAAUUUCAUACACAGAUACUACUGUUUUGUUUUUAAUUAUGUUUACCUCGAAAAGUGUAAAUUGUGAAUAAUUAUGGAAAGGGAAUCGUCUGUUUUAAAUUGAUUAAAUUUUUGUGCCCCAUAGCCUAGCGAAUGCACUGGAAUCGAGUACAUGUACACUCAGGUUCAAAUGAAGAAAAACUGUGACCAUUUGAAAGUUUAUUGUAUUUUUUUAAAGUCCAAAGUAGCUUAACGGCCAAAACAAAUACCGAAUAACUUUAGUAAUUAACAGAAAAAAAAAUACGAAGAGUAAUGAUUAUUCGAAAGGACAGAACGAUUCCUAAACAUGUACCUAGUGUAAAACGUGGGGUAGUCAACAAUGUGAUAAACUUCCGAUCUAUAACAUGUUAGACAAAAGCAUGUUUGGAAAUAAAAAUCACUUCGAAAUGAUAUAACAAUUUUUCAGAAAGAUGUUCUUAAAUUGUUGACUACCCCUGUCUGAAAAACAUUUUAUUAUUUCACUUGCAUAUUGUGCAUAUCAUAAAUAAUUAAAUACUAAAAACAUUUCCCUGGUACUUUCUAGUACAGGGGCUUAUCAUCCCACUUGUGGAAGCGUGACAGCACUACAUAGCGUAGAACGGCAUCUCUCUUCCCCAGGUACGGUGGCCCAAGGAUCAUAAAAUAUAUGUAAGUGCGACCCUGCGGAAUGCUAGUUCGUAUGUUAAGACAAACAAUAUAAAUAGUUCAAGUACAUUUUUUUGUAUUAGACUUCUAAUAGAGAUACGUGUUAGUUAUAAUUUACAUUGUAAAUAUUUACAAUAAACAUACCUACUUAUAUGA